GGAAUGUGACUGCCUGGCCACGGCGGCGGCGACGGUGGCAUCGUCCGGGGCCGGGGGAGGGGGUGUCUCCGGCAGAGGUCCCCUGGCUCGGGGCAGCUGAGGCGGCGAGGCCUCCUCCCCCCUGCGCCCGCCGCCCGCCUUCGGGGCCGCGAGAGUCCGUCGUCCUUUGCAGCCCCGCUUCGGCGCUGGGACACUGGGGUGGUCUCUCUCCCCCAGACCUGCGACACCCCGUUUCUGAGGCGUGGAGCAGCGUCGCCCACGAGUAAGCCGCCUGUGCCCCGCCCCGGCAGCCUGCCUCUUCCGCCCGAGCCGCCUCUUGCUCCGGGUCCCGGCCCCAAGUUUGGCCACGGAUUCCCCCUUCCCCCCAUUCAAACCCCCUCCCUGCUGUCAAGUGGCCUCCCCUUCCCCCCAGGUUGCUCCCGCGAGCCUCCAAUGCUCUGACUUCUUCCAAUGUCACCUACGGCCCCCUUGGUCUCAGUCCAGCCACAAACUUUAAUGCAAAGGAAAAGUCUGGGUUGGUUUCACAGGCCUUUUAAAAAGCGGACUUAAAAGUUGC